AUGCCAUUUGCGCAGCUCAUCCUCGGCGCUCCGGGCUCUGGAAAGAGCACCUACUGCGAUGGCAUGCACCAGUUCAUGGGCGCCAUCGGUCGUGCAUGCUCUGUAGUCAACCUCGAUCCCGCAAACGAUCACACAAACUACCCGAAAGCUCUGGACAUUCGCGACCUCGUCAAGCUAGAAGAUAUUAUGGCCAGUGACAAACUGGGCCCCAAUGGCGGCAUUCUGUAUGCCCUGGAGGAGCUCGAGCACAACAUGGAAUGGCUAGAGGAAGGCUUGAAAGAGUUCAGCGAAGACUAUAUUCUCUUUGACUGCCCGGGGCAGGUCGAGCUAUACACACACCACAACUCUCUGCGCAACAUCUUCUUCAGGCUGCAGAAGAUUGGCUUUAGACUCGUCGUCGUACAUCUCUCCGACUCAUUUUGCUUGACCCAACCCUCGCUUUAUAUCUCCAACCUGCUCCUGGCUCUUCGCGCCAUGCUUCAAAUGGACAUGCCACACAUCAAUGUUCUGACCAAGAUCGAUAAAGUCGCCUCCUAUGACAACCUCCCAUUCAACCUCGAAUACUACACCGACGUCGAUGACCUCUCGUAUCUGAUCCCAUAUCUGGAAGAAGAAUCGCCAGCAAUGCGCAACGAAAAGUUCAGCAGGCUAAACGAAGCCGUGUCGAACAUGAUCGAGAGUUACAGCCUAGUCCGGUUCGAGGUACUAGCAGUCGAGGACAAGAAGAGCAUGAUGCAUCUCCUCCGGGUGAUCGACCGAGCGGGAGGAUACGCCUUUGGCAGCGCAGAAGGCGCAAACGAUUCCGUCUGGCAGGUGGCAAUGCGCAACGAGUCGGCCAUGAUGGAGGUACAGGAUAUUCAGGAGCGCUGGGUCGAUCGCAAGGCGGAAUACGACGAGCUGGAGCGAAAGGAAUGGGAAGAGCAGGCCAAGAUGCGAGAGGACGAUCCCAACGCCGGGCAAGCGGGGCAAGCGCCCCCGCCGCCCCCGGACGCCGACUACGAUCCAGACUUUGGCGACAUGACGAUACCCGCAGAUAGUGGCAUAAAAGUAGUGCGCAAGAACAAAUGA